GCUCCGUCUGCACUCUCCGUCGCUUUCACUGCAUGUCAGCUCACACACACACACACACACACACACACAGAGAGAGACGCUCGCGCGCGCGCGCGCACCCGCACAAACACUUUUUCCUCCUUUACAGCCAUUUUUCUUUUUUAACUCGCCGGAAGAGCAGCUCGUUCAAACUCGGAAUACAUUCUGGGAUAAAUCUGGGACUCUGCUCUGUUAACACCGGGGGGGUCUCAGUGUGUGCCGUGCGCUUUGUGUGAGGGAACUUUGUAUUUAUUUAGUAUUAUUAUUAUUUCUUUCCUCCAGCCAUGUCGACAGCAGCUGCAGCGGCGGUGUGUGGCGCUGCUGCUGCCGGCGGCGCCGAGCUGGUCCGCGGGCAGGCCUUCGACGUCGGGCCACGGUACACCAACCUGUCCUACAUAGGCGAAGGCGCUUACGGGAUGGUUUGUUCGGCGUAUGAUCGGGAUAACAAAGUGCGCGUGGCCAUAAAGAAGAUCAGCCCUUUUGAGCACCAGACGUACUGCCAGCGCACUCUCCGUGAGAUAAAGAUCCUGCUGCGCUUCAAACAUGAGAACAUCAUCGGCAUCAACGACAUCAUCCGCGCGCCCUCCAUCGACCAGAUGAAAGACGUCUACAUCGUGCAGGACCUGAUGGAGACCGAUCUGUACAAGCUGCUGAAGACGCAGCACCUCAGCAACGAUCACAUCUGCUACUUCCUGUACCAGAUCCUGCGUGGUCUGAAGUACAUCCACUCAGCCAAUGUACUCCACAGAGACCUGAAGCCCUCCAACCUGCUGCUCAACACCACCUGCGAUCUCAAGAUCUGUGAUUUUGGGCUCGCGCGUGUAGCCGACCCGGACCAUGAUCACACCGGGUUCCUCACAGAGUAUGUAGCCACGCGCUGGUACCGUGCCCCGGAGAUCAUGCUUAACUCAAAGGGUUAUACCAAGUCCAUUGAUAUCUGGUCAGUGGGAUGCAUUCUGGCUGAAAUGCUCUCAAACAGACCCAUAUUUCCUGGCAAGCACUACCUGGACCAGCUCAAUCAUAUUUUAGGUAUCCUUGGCUCUCCCUCACAAGAAGACCUGAACUGCAUCAUCAACAUAAAGGCCAGAAAUUACCUGCUGUCUCUGCCGCUGCGCUGCAAAGUGCCCUGGAAUCGCCUCUUCCCUAACGCCGACCCUAAAGCGUUGGAUCUGUUGGAUAAGAUGCUGACCUUUAACCCCCAUAAGAGGAUUGAGGUGGAGCAGGCCCUGGCACACCCCUAUCUGGAGCAGUACUACGACCCAACUGAUGAGCCUGUCGCUGAGGCUCCGUUUAAAUUCGAAAUGGAACUUGAUGACUUGCCCAAAGAGACCCUCAAGGCACUCAUCUUCGAAGAAACAGCACGCUUCCAACCAGGCUACAGACCAUAACAUAUCCAGCUACAUGUACUACAUCUCCAAAUUUCACUCUUCCCAUACAAUUCUUCAUUAUUUUUCCAUCCUCAUUAUUACACUGACUUUUUUUCCUGUUAUUUUCUCCUGCUUUUUUUCUAGAUCAGAAUCACUCUGGAUUUCUGUCUCCUCGCCUUUCCUUUCCUCUCAGUCUUCAUCCUCCUCUUUCCUCUGUCUCCUUUGAGAUUUGAGUUCAAACAAAGGGUGUGUGUACAGUAUGAGUGUGUGUGAGGUGAACUAUGGAGUGCAGGCUGACCAGAAUAUCGUCGAGGGCUUGCUUCUUCAGACGAAACUCUUUUUAUGCUUCAGUAAAAAGCCUGUGAUCGUGUUACUGCUGUGCUUAAUUAUUAUUAUUAUUUUUUUUAAAAAAGAGCUUCUCGUCAGUCUCACUCCCGCUUUCCUGUAAAGCAUCCGUAAAGCCAUUUUCAAGUCGAGGCCAAAUUUGGAGGAUAAAAAAAAAAAAACAGUUCAGUUUGCCAAGGUGCCAUAUGUGUAAGGCUUUUAAUUAACUUCUUUACCCAACAUGCCACGUGCCCCUUAAAUAAUACGAUAAUAUGAAAAUAAUCGAAUAUGAAUAUAUAAUAAUGAAAUUUGGUUUUUUUAAAAAGGAAAUAUUGUAUUACUGAUUUAGUAUAGCUUAGAUGGUUCCUUAAAUGUUCCAGAUUGGUUGCUGUUUGAAAAAAUAAAAAAGAGCUCAAGCACCAAAGAAAUACAGGUUAUUUGGGCACCUUGGGGGCAAAAAAAAACUUUUUUUUUUUUUUUUUUUUUUUUGAUCCAUAUAGUUAUAGAGGUAGAUAUAGAGGUGUGAAAGAUGAGCUCCGAAUCAUGUCGAAGCACAUACAGGGCUAUCAGGGAUGGAGGGAGGGAGAAAGGGAUGGAGGGAGGGAGGGACGGCGGUGUCAAAUAUUCACAAGGGGUAAUUUGUGGCUACACGUUGCCACGUUAAAAAAAUUUUUAAAAAAAGUUACUACAGAAACAUGAGCUAAAAAGUACAGUGCCUCGUCGUUUUUCUCUUAUAUCUUCAUGGCUCUUUUUGCUUUCCUUUUCCAGUGUGUCUCUGCCCUCUCUUUAUCUCUCUUGCCUUCUCUCAAUAAGACUGUGUCCUUGCAUGACUGUUAAAAAAAAAAAAAAAAAAAAAAAAAAAAAAAAGGGGGAAAAAAAAAAAAGCUUUCUAUACAAAGAACAUGGAGGUGCCACACUGCUGGGGAUUCCACAUCGGGACUCUCAGGUCUUUUUUUUUUUUUUUUUUUUGGGGUGGUUGUUCUUAUAUUCCUACAAUCUUUUCUUCUUUCGUUGUUGCUCUUGUUGGUUUGUUUUUUCCUUCCUUCAACUUUUUCAAACUUUUAGAAUAUUUCAGAGAGUAGAUUUUUAAGAAACUCAGUCAGGUUAACACGGAGAGAAAGAGGACAGAGUGAAGGAGAAGGUGUCUUGGCGCGGAGAUGUUCACUACACAGGAAACCUCACAUUUUACUCAGCGCCAGUCAAAGCCGCGCUUUCUCACUUUAAAUCAGUAAAAGUCUGCUUCAAGCGUAGAUCUAACAGCAUGUACCUUAAAGAGCAAACUAGCACUUAUGGAUUGGGGAAAAAAAACCAUAACAAGAAUAGAGAUUCAGAAUCAGACUGCUCUUUGGUUCACUGCUGUUGCCUAACUUUAUAUCCAGCAUGGUGCCAUCUAGUGGCUUGACCCAGUGUCAGGUGCUAAAGGGGACAUUGUUCAGUUAUUAGAGCAGAGAAAAAUGGGCUGUUUUAGUUUUUUUUUUCUUUUUCUUUUUUUUUUUUGUUCCUGAAAAGCACUGCAAAACCCUGUAAGAUAGCUUCAGCCAAGUCCGUGUGCAGCCUGUCUGUUCUGUGUGCCUUUACUCAUUAUGAAUAACGGUUUAUUAUCGUGCAGCUUCGUUUUGUCGGGGAUCAGUUGUGAUUUUUUGCGGUAUAUUCUUAAAUACAUAUAUUUAAAAAAAAAAAAAAAAAGUAAAAUCAACAAAAAAAAAAUCUAUCUUAACUCUGAUUUAUGUCAUUUUAAGUCCACAGCUUUUGUGAUUUUUGUGAUUGAGUUUGGGAAGAUAUUAAUUAAUUAAGUAAUUAAUUAAAAACAAGGCUUUUAUUUCUGCCUCGAGUUGAUCCACCACUCUUUUUUUGGGGGGGCUUCUUGAGUUUUUUUGGAUGUUUUGUGCAAAAGAUUUUUUUCUUUCUUUUUUUUUUAAAUUGUAAACUGAAUGUCAUGUUUCUAGUGGUUAUUAAUCUUGUUACAGAAUUGUAUCCAUGUAUUAAACUCUUCUGUAAGUAAUGUUCUAAACAAUGGAAGACUUUUGUUGUGGAUUUCACUUACAGGCUUAAAGUUUCCCCGCCUCUCCCUCGGCUCUCGCCUUCACUGAGGGUGUGGAUGUAAUCAUUAGGGGAAACAUUAUAAUUGAAUAUUAAAAUCUAUUAAAAUAUGUUGCACCUUGAAGAAAUAAGUAAUUACAGAUUACAGGUUUGUCUUUGCUGCUGACAGGCAAACUUUUUUUUUUUUUUUUUUUUUUAAUUACUACUAUUAUCCGGUAAUUUAGCAUCUGCCAAGUCAUGUAACCUGAACACACCAGAAUAAACACUGUAUCCUA